UCUAGAGAAGUCAUGUGUGUUCCAGCCUCAUUGUAUGAAUUCAUGGCACACUGCUGGCAGCACAGGGCAAAUGGCAUCACUCGUGUCUAAGAUUAGUGAUAGGGUACAUACUACAGACAGCAAGUCAAAAAAUGGCUUCCUAAGGCGGUUACGGAGGCAUUAUAUGAAGGAAAGACAUCCACCUGACAUUGUAAAGUGUACACAGUCUGUAGCUACCACGCCUGUCUGUGGCCUAGUUAGAAGAAGUAAUGGAAGCUCCGGCGGCUCAGAAUCUGGUUCUACAUCAUCAUAUGGUGGAUUGAAAAACCUCAGCUCCCUGACACUGAGUCGUGGUCGUAUGAUGGUCAGCCGUGCUAUGAGUUCAAACAUGAUUGUAGCAGAAGAUGACAAUGACAGCCUGCUUUCAACUACCAGAAGCCCUAAGAGAAAACGGAGCGGCUCCACUGGAUUCAUUGAUAUAGAUUUAAAAACGAAAGAUGAUUUGAAAAAUUAUUUGCAAAAGCAGUAUGACCAGGUUUUGAAAGCUGGUGUGGCUAUGGAGAUCAGUGCUCAGACGAUGGUGACAGUCACUCUAAGGUUCAUGUCCAAGAUGCAGUCUACUGACGUUCAAAAGGCAGCAGUUGACUUCAUAAAUGAGUGUCUUCAGAUAAGCUGUUCAAAGACAAAGGAGAAGUAUAAUCAGUCAUCUGAGGGCAACAAAGCAAACAUAGUUACUGAAUAUAAAUUACAAGUUAUACUGCUGCUAGAAAUGGAAUCUCUACUGAAAGAUGCCGACACAGUCAAUCAUAAAAUUCUUAUCGAGAUUGUGUCUAUGUUGAGAGCUAUUUCUUUCCUGACCAGUGCAACAAAUAUGACCACAUUUCUCGAAGACAUUGUGACAAGUUACUCUUCAACUUUGCCUAAUCUGAUGGUGGAUGUAUAUGAUGAACUCAUGCUGCCGCUGCCGUCAGCUCUAGCCAAAUUUGCUUCACCAGCAACUCCGAGCAGUGUUUCUGAAACUCAGCAGUCGCACACAAAUGAAGCCAGUUUCCUCAGUGCUCCAGUGUCUUCUCAGCCAUCAUCUCUUUUAUCAGACCAGUCUUCACAGCAAGCUAAGAGGUUCAACAAAUUCAAACAGCAUCCAAGCUUUUCUGACUUCCGACAGAAAAAACAGAUUCUGGUCAAACCAAAGCCCAAACCUAAGGUGGAGACCAAAAAGGCAGUAACAGAUAAAACCAAAACCAGGAGUUCAUCUAAAAAAAACCGUUUAGUGGACUUUGAGCGGGCGAAGAGAAACUUGUUUUCCGACACUCCGAGCAGUUCCAGAGUCAAAACCAGAAGUGCUCAAAAGGGGAGACGCAGUGCUUCAAAGGCAUCUCGGACCCUGGUACUUGGAACACCUGUACAUAAGCAGACCUCUCAGAGACACCUGUGGCAGCAAGAAAGACGUCGUCAGCGUGAAAAUAUCCAGCCUGAAGUUCAGGUUAUUGCAGAAACACCAGUCAAAGAUGAUGAUGAUGAUGCUGGCGGUACUGAGGAUUGUGCGUUGAACCGACCAGCGAGGUACAUUGUGAGGGAAGCAUUCUAUUCUUCCAAAACCCAACCCUCUCGGAAUUUAGUCAAGUCCUUUGAACUUGCAGAGAAGAGUGAUUUAGGAGUGCCUGACUGUCAAGGCUACAUGAUUCACAGCAGCAAGUCACAAGGUACUCUUUCAAGUGCAGUUCGGGGUGAGUCCCCCAUCUUGUCACCAAGGAGUCGCCUCAUUAGAACAUUUUUGUCAUCUCCCUCACCGACACCAAAGUCCAAACUGAAGCACAAACCGGUCACAUCGGCACGAAGAUGCUCUCCAAGGAAAUCUGCCAAGAAACUUCUCUUCAAUGACAUUGACAAGAAAGAUGCCAAUAUAACCAGACCUGCUGACGUCGGGUAUGCUCAUCUGAUAUACGAUGGGGAAAAUGCUAAUGACUUCUCAGGUGGCAAUGGAAGCCUUCAGCAAGCUGCAGGGGAGAGGAAAGAACAAGCUAAAAACUUCCCUAUGCUAGGUGUAAUAUGA